AUGGCGGCGGCCGAGGCGGCGUCGCGGCGGCUGUCGCGGCAGGAGCAGGAGCUGCGCUGGCUGGCGGCGGAGAUCGGCCGCCUGCGGGGGCCGGCGGCGCCGCGCGGGGCCGGCGGCGGCAGCCCCGAGCUGCAGCGGCUGCGGGCCGAGAACGAGAAGCUGCGCUACCGGCGGCUGCACCUGCGCCGCAGCCUGGCGGCCGAGCUGGGCCGGGCGGCGCCGCGCGGGCAGCUGCAGCAUGAGCCAAGCUUUAUAGAAGGCAGACUGAAGCUUUAUGAAGCACUGAAAGAAGAACAUGAUGCUUUACUAGCUUACCGAGCGGCCAACCAGAGCGAACCGAUCAACGUCAUCCUGACGGAUGGGAAGAAGGCUGAAGGGGAGUCUUGGAAAACCACACCGUAUCAGUUAGCUCUGGGAAUUAGCCAAGGAUUGGCUUCAAAUGCAGUCAUUGCCAAAGUGAAUGGUGAACUGUGGGAUCUGGAUCGUCCACUGGAGGGAGAUUGUACUCUGGAGCUCCUUAUGUUUGAUAAUGAAGAAGCACAAGCUGUUUACUGGCAUUCAAGUGCUCAUAUUCUUGGAGAGGCCAUGGAAAGUUAUUUUGGUGGUUGCUUGUGCUAUGGACCACCUAUUGAGAAUGGAUUUUAUUAUGACAUGUACAUUGAAGAUAGAGGUGUAUCUAGUUCUGAAUUUCCAGUACUAGAAAACUACUGUAAAAAUAUAAUAAAAGAGAAGCAGCCUUUUGAAAGGCUAGAAGUCAAAAAGGAGAUUCUGUUAGACAUGUUUAAGUAUAACAAGUUUAAGUGUCGUAUCCUGAAUGAAAAGGUUGACACACCGACUACCACAAUAUACAGAUGUGGUCCGCUGAUUGAUCUCUGCAGGGGCCCACAUGUGAGAAACACUGGAAAAAUUAAGGCCCUUAAAAUAUUUAAGAAUUCUUCUACGUAUUGGGAGGGAAAAGCUGACAUGGAGACUCUGCAGAGAAUUUAUGGCAUAUCCUUCCCUGAUAACAAAAUGAUGAAGGAAUGGGAAAAAUUCCAGGAAGAAGCUAAAAACCGGGAUCAUAGGAAAAUUGGAAAGGAGCAAGAACUUUUCUUCUUUCAUGAUUUGAGUCCUGGAAGCUGCUUUUUCCUCCCCAGAGGUGCCUUUCUUUAUAAUACACUCACAGAUUUCAUAAAAGAGGAAUAUCGCAGGCGUAAUUUUACAGAAGUUGUAUCCCCAAACAUCUUCAACAGUAAGCUCUGGGAAGCUUCAGGACACUGGCAGCACUACAAUGAAAAUAUGUUCUGUUUUGAGAUUGAGAAGGAAACUUUUGCCCUUAAGCCGAUGAACUGUCCAGGACAUUGCCUAAUGUUUGCUCAUCGUCCGCGAUCCUGGAGAGAAAUGCCUCUAAGACUUGCAGAUUUUGGGGUUCUUCACCGAAAUGAGCUCUCUGGGACUUUAAGUGGCUUGACUCGUGUUAGGCGCUUCCAGCAAGAUGAUGCUCACAUCUUUUGCACAAUGGAACAGAUUGAAGAAGAAAUUAAAGGCUGUCUUGAUUUCUUGAAGUCUGUUUAUGCUAUAUUUGGUUUUACCUUUCAACUGCAUCUUUCUACAAGGCCUGAAAAUUAUCUAGGAGAGUUAGAGAUCUGGGAUCAUGCUGAAAAGCAACUUCAGAGCAGCUUAAAUAACUUUGGAGAACCAUGGAAGUUGAAUCCAGGAGAUGGAGCCUUUUAUGGUCCCAAGAUUGAUAUUAAAAUUAAAGAUGCUCUUGGCAGAUACCAUCAGUGUGCUACGAUCCAGCUUGACUUCCAACUACCCAUUCGAUUUAAUCUUACUUACGUUGGUAAGGAUGGUGACGAUAAAAAACGGCCAGUGAUUAUUCAUAGAGCUAUCUUGGGGUCCGUGGAGAGAAUGAUAGCUAUUUUAGCAGAAAAUUAUGGAGGAAAAUGGCCAUUCUGGCUGUCUCCGCGGCAGGUCAUGGUUGUACCUGUGGGACCUACUUCUGAAGAGUAUGCCCAGCAGGUUUGCAGUGACUUUUUUGAAGCAGGGUUUAUGUCGGAUGUGGAUCUAGACCAGAGUUGCACAUUAAACAAGAAAAUAAGAAAUGCACAGCUGGCCCAGUAUAACUUUAUCUUAGUGGUUGGAGAAAAGGAGAAAGCAGAUAAUGCUGUCAACGUGCGAACAAGAGACAACAAAGUUCAUGGAGAGAUUUCAGUAUCUUCUGCCAUUGAAAAACUAAAGAAUUUUAAGAGUUCACGUACUCCAAAUGCAGAAGAAGAAUUCUAAUUUUUGCUGUUAGUUAGUAUCAGUUUAUUAGCUGCCCAUGUGAAAUAGUAUUUCUUUCCUCCUCUACUGCAGUAAUGCUCAUUUGCAAGAAUUUCCGCUUAGUGCGUCUUCAAACCAAGUAAAUGCAGCCCAUUUUGGUGCUUUAGGAAUAUCAUGAAAGGGCAGGUACAACGGUCAGCUGUUUUGACAGUCCAGUGAAUCUGCGCUGCUUGAUAAAGGCUAUUUAAAAAAAAAAAUCUUCUACUAAAUUAUUUUGAUUUUACUGUGUAAACGAAUCAGGAAUGCCAUUAACUCAAGGAACAGGACACUGGGCAGUGUAUUAGCUGCUGCUGCUGCCAUCGCUGAAUUACCUCAGUCACGUAGGAGUUAUAUAACUGAUGUGACCUGGAAUCCAAAACUUGACAGUUGGUAGGUCUAUAAGGAACAUUUUGAAUCUUUUUUUUUCCCUGACUCUAAAUUUAAUAUCAGACGUGGUGGGCAAGGUGGGGAUAGUCCAAUUCUUUCUGAAUCAUUGUUCGCAGGCUACAAAUACAUAGGUGUCUGUUGGAAAUCUCAGUGAAACAAAGCACUGAAUGAGUAAGAAUGAGAUAACUGGUUACCAUAAAUAUGACUGUGAAGAAAGAAGUUGAAUUACCUACCAUAUCUGUGUGUGGAAGGCUUUUACUUUUGUUUGUGCUUGCUGUCAGUUUAACUUCUGUCAAAAAACACUAAAUUAAUCUUUGAAAACCUUUCUGUUUAUAAUUUAUUGCUGUGCUUGUUUGAGAUCCUGAGUAUGCUGAGGUGUGGAUGACAUAAUUUUAAUUUAUUCUUUUAUAUAAUACAGUAUGUUGGAAUUUAAA